AUGACGACUAUUGUGUUCAUCCAGAUGGCCUCAAAUUGGUCAUCACUGAUGAAGAAAAUAGUCAACUCUUCAUUGGACAAGUAUAUCGAUGUGACUGUGCAGAGAAGGUGUUAUAUCACUACCAUGAUCAUGCUAGCUUUGGCUAUAUGCGAAAAUCUUCUAUCUCAGAACACAAAAAUAAUGAAUGUCAUCUACUGUUCGGCUGACAACGUAUCCAUAUACGAAACGUUUAUUGAAGUUUCGUUCCCGUGGUUCAAAGAACUGAACUGGACCGUUCCUAUACCUGCUGGAAUUUUAUUGCUAUUUUUCAACGUCACUGCAACUCUAAACUGGAGCUAUUCCGACAUCUUCAUAAUCUGCAUCAGUUUGUAUUUGGCAUCAAUUUUGAAGAAAAUCAACGAAACUAUGGCUCAAGUGGAUCUAAGGUUCUACCACCCGACCUUCUGGUCCAACAUUCGCGAGGACUACACACGGGCGACGCAGCUGAUCGCGACUUUUGACGACAAUAUCAGCGGUCUGAUGCUCAUAUCGUUUGCCAGUAACCUGUUCUUCAUUUGCCUUCAACUGUUCCAUAUUUUGUCGCAUGGAUUGCAAGAGAAAACCGGGAACAAAGCGGACCCAUGCGUUGCUAAUGAAAAAGUGUACAGCUACCUCAUGUACUUCCUCUUCUCCUUGACAUUCGUGCUUGGCCGGUUCCUAGCGGUGUCGAUGGUGGCAGCCAGCGUCAAUACUGCCUCUAAAGCACCAGGGCCGAUAUUGUAUGGUGUACCGGCUCAUGCGUAUUGUAAUGAGGUACAAAGAUUUAUCGAACAAGUACACGGGGGCAAUGUAGCGCUAAGUGGCCUUCAGUUCUUUUACGUUACCAAAGGACUUGUCCUAACAGUGGCUGGUACGAUUGUGACCUACGAAUUGGUGUUGCUACAGUUCAACGGGGAAGACGCAAAUAGUUAAAAAAACAUAAGUUAUGUAUCUUUAGGCUGAGUUGCACCUUCUAACUUUAACGGUAACUAUAACUAUAUCCCGUGAUUUUUAUACGGAGUUAGACAGAUUUUUGACGAUUGUUAAGGUAAAAGUAGGAUGGUGCAACCCAGCCUUAGUCUAUUCUUGAUUUUUAAAAUAAGUAUUUAUUUUAAUUAAGUAUUUUGCUUAAUUUAUUCUACGCUACAUUUUUGCUUCAAAAAUAAUGGCAGAAUGUAAUUUAGUAAGUUUUCAUCUUAUGUUUUUCUCUAAGGUGUUAAAGUGUGUUAAUA